AACCCCCACCUGUAUACCACAAAUACGCAUGCAGGCCACUUGAUAUACCCGUUGUUUGUGUGGAUACGGGUAUUAAAAAUUUCCAGGAAUUUUUACCUUUGUUAAAUUCACGGAAAAAAAGAGUGACAUUUAAAAUGAAUGUUGAAGGGAAUUUCGUAGUUUCACUUCUGAAAUCAAGUUGGAACAAAUUAUGCACUGUGAUUUAAAGAGACCAUUGUUUUUUAUUCUUUGUAUCUUACGUGAUUCACAACUCCUUUAUCCAGAGAAUUUACUGUAUAUGGAUGAUUAUGGAAGGUGUCAGGACCCGACAUUUUUUGAAGUUGUUGAUGAUGUGUAUGUUAUCUCUGCCAAAGGAAGUGGUCAGAUGUUCUCCACAAAAAGGUGCUCACUUCGCUUCAGAACAAAAGCAAAUCAACACCUUUGCGUAGAGUUUAAACAUUUCCAGAUUGAUGACUGUUCUGUACAUUUCAAUCUAUUCCAAGAAAAAUGGCCUGUAAAUCUUCAUAUGGAACCAGAUGACGUCUACUUGUAUCGAGGGUACAGUUGUGGAGAUGCUCCAGAAACUGUGUGUAGUACAGCCACGAACUUGACCCUUCAACUUUACAAAAGAAUCAUCCACGUACAAGAAUACAGCUUUUCUGUUGAACUUUCAUCAAAAUCAGAUCACGAUGAGCGCUGGGUUAUAGUGGGAGUGAUAUCAGGGCUUCUGCUUACUGUGAUACUUGUCAUCGUUGUCUGUCGCUGCCGCAAGAAAAACAGGCAAAUUUGCGAGGUAUUCCGAAGGAGACAGAAUGAAGACCAUUUACAUGAUACCAGUCUUUUUUCAUAUCGUCAGCAUACUGUUCUGAAAACACGGGAACAAUUGAUAAUUGGGACUAUUCGAGUUUCCGAGAUAUAAUUGCAUGUAAAUAGUUUUCUCCUUAUCGCUAAUAAUGUAAUUCGUAUCUUUAUAUAAUAAAUGUAUAUAU